UAAACACAGUUCACACAUGGACCAGACUGUAGGGCAGGACAAUGCAGUAAUAUUAACCCAGGAAAUACAGCACAGUAGCUGACACAAACUUUUCAAAGUGAGGAUGCUCUGAUACUGUGGUGGGGAAUUCAAACUUUCAAAUCAGCUCAAGUGCUACAGUUUUUUUUUUUACAUGGGUUGCAGAGAAAUCAAUGGCUCUCUGUGCUGGUGUACAUACUUCAUCAGGUGUUAAGUGUUAACUCGACGACAACAACGUCUGACGCCAGUGGGCUUGAUUGACAGCAGGCAAACUGAAACUGGUCAAGUGGAGACUGUGUAAACAGCACGGGUGAAUCUGUGGGAAACACUCUACUCUGAUCUGUUAUACACCACAACGACUGUGGAAGACAACUCAGUUGGUUGCGUAACACACUGCGAGAAUCGCCGUGAAGAUCCGAAUUACACAGGAUCUGUGAAUUUCAUAUUAGCUGAGCCAGAUGAUGUGAGAAGAAACUGCAAAUAAGCAUAUGUCAACAUUCGCCAGCGAUAUUUAAUCCAGCAGAUAUAAACAGCAGUGGCAGGAACAGCCACUUCAUUCCCCCACUGGCCAGAAGGGUCCCUGUGUAAUGUUUACAUGACUCCGCUGGCAGCUGGCCUGUGUUUGCUCAUCGUGAAACUCACAGAUCAAUGUUUUUCUAACAGGUUUUAAAGAUUACUGGUUCAAAAACAAUUUCCAGGUGGAAGUAUUAAUUGCAUAAUGGACCUGCUUACAAUCAAAAUGCCAAAGUGCCUGGCCGUUUGUUUGGUAUGGCUUGUUCUUGCAGUUUUCAGUGUAAGGUCAAGUCCAGUUGUGAAUAGAGUCCAUGUUCUGGAUAUACCUGCAGACUUUCCCACCGAGGACACGCAGGUCAUACAAAACCUGGAGUUUCAUUUGAGAUUAAAAAGGCAAGUGACAGAUGAAAAAGUGACAACUUUAAAACCAGAAAGUUUGACUACUAAGCCGGAUGUGAGUCCGUCACCUAAAGAAAAUGAUGACAGUGUGGAUGCAUCAGGGUUAUCAGCUGUAGACAACAAUGGGAAAAAUUUGCCUAGCACGGCAAAAAUCCCAGGAGUGAGUCCACAGAAUUUAGGCAGUGAUGCGGCUACAAAUGUCGAUCUACCUGUCGAGCAUACGACUACAAGAACAAGUCUAACGAGUGCUGCACAGGUGGGUGAUUCAUUAGAUGCUGGUGAAGGUAAACAGGACUACUCUAUGACCUCAGCUCUGCCUGACCUGAAACCUGCGGGAAGAGUAGAGUCGCUAAGUGGACUUGGUAAUUCAUCACCCGAGCAAACCACACACAGCGUGACAUCCACAACAACAGCGGCGCUUGUCACACCUGCAGAGGAACACAGGGCUGCCCCAAUAGAAGCUCCUCCUAAAGCCGGAAAUAAGACAGAUAUAACAACAGUAGCCCCAGAAGCGGUUGGGGAUGUGGAUAUGGCCCCUCCACCCCCAGCAACCGCCCCAGCACAUGUAGUCACCACCCCAGAGAGUCCAAUCACUGCACCGCUUACAAUAGCAGGGCCUCUCAACAAUGCAACACCAACAACAAAUGUUGCCAUGAUGACUGAAAAGCCAAAAGUUCUCAAUGCUACACACUUUCAAAUGCCACCUGAUGCAGCCCCUGAGGCAUCAAAACAGGAGGAAACAACAACAAAUGCUGCCACGAUAACCGAAAAGCCUAAAGUUCUGAACACUACACACUUGCAAAUGCCACCUGAUGCAGCCCCUGAGGCAUCAAAACUGGAGGAAACAACAACAACUGCAGUGAGUGAAGUAGUGACAACAGGAAUGGACAUCUCAGAGGUGGUAGCGCCUUAUUUAGCAAGCCCUGCCAAUGAAACUGGCGAAGAAAGUGAGGGGAAAGUCAACAAAACGGAAUCAAAAUCAACAAUCGCUUCUGAAAUAUCAGGAGUUAUUGUGCCAGAUCUGAACACAACCACAUCUGAUAGUUUGUCUGAUAUCCCAACAGCCCCACUCACACUGGGAAAAACAGGCUCAAACACAACAAUAUUCCAAGAAACUAAUACAACAGUUGCCAUGGUUAUAGACAGUGUUGAGAAUGUGACUAGUGCUUUUUAGGAUCAGUGUAUUUUGCCAGGCAUGGAGGUAAAUACUACCAGUGCACAAAAUACAACAUCGACAACUGUUACAAAUGUAACGGAGCCAACAACAGAGGAACCUGCUAAUGCCAGUCUUCCUUAUUUGCCAGAAGUUGCUGAUAUCACUAUGCAACAACAACACCCCAACACCGACAACUGCUGAUGGCAUAAUUGAUGAUGUAUCCAAUGUCACCAACACAACAACACAAGUGCCGCUAAACACCACUGUUGUAUCUGCUACUGAACUUGAUACGAAUGUUACAAAUGCAACAAGCAUGCCAUUCACCACCAAUGUCACUAUGGCGACGACAGAGUUAGUGAACACUACCACCCAAGCUGCUUACCCUGUAACAAUAAAAAACAACCACAUUAGAACCACCAACCCAAAUACAACGUUAGUGCGGAACACAACUGUGGCUGCUAGCACAACCACAAAAUCCACAUACAAGAAAUUACUGUUACUAUUCAACAACAACAACGCCGGCCACAACACAAAAUUCGACAAUCACUCUGCGCCUGUUGGCCGAUCACAAGAGUUGUCUGCGAGUGCCUUGACUGCCAUAAUAACAGGAUCUAUCAUUGGAUUCUGGAUCAUACUGGGGCCAAUCAUUUGCUUGAUAUGCAAAGUGCGUGACAAGCGUAAAGAGCGCUACCACACCAGACUGACCAAUCACAGUGAUCCUCCAGCUGAUAACGGAAUGCUUGAUGCCAUGAUUAUUUCUGAACUAAGAAGACAUCGGAGUCUAGUCAUGACAACGGAACAACAGGAAAGGAGAAAGAAUACAACACUGUGGCCAAUUGACAAAGAGGAGACAGAUAGACUGCGAGUAAUACUGCAGAGCAUGAGUUUUAGUCUCCAAUGAUUGAAAUGACAGUUUAUUUUAUAGUGUACUAAUUUAAAAGUUGCAAGUAUUUCCUAUUGAAACGGUGUGCUAAAUUCACAUUGGAGUGUUGGACACCUUGAAUAUGAUUGGAGUUCUGCAAAGGAUUCCUUGGUGUUUUUUGUAUUUUUUUUUUCUUCAUGGAAGUGCCACUUCUGACAGGUGUUAAACUGGAGCGUACAUCACAACAAAAAGCUGUGGCUAUUGGAAGAAGGUGUUUUAAAUUUGCAUAUCAAACACUAAGGCUGUGUACAUAAUUUUGACGCUUAUUUGCUGUGGUGGCUUGCAAAAGGAGAAGAAACAUAAAAAUGAUGCCAUAUGAAAUUAGAAGCUGCAGUGUGUGUGUGUGUGGCAACGUAUUACAUCGUCUUAAGCAUAUUGCAAUCACUAGUCCCCAGUGUAGUCUCUCACUUUUAAUCUCUUUGAAGUUCUCAAAUGGCAUUCUAUACUUCCACAUAAAUGAGGUUACAAACCCCAAUUUGUACUACACGUAUUUCAUACAGUUAAACAGUUUUCUUUUUGCCAUCAGACUGGAGAAAAUUAUGAGUACCAUUUUCAUUAUUUUGAAUUUUGCAAAGAAUGAGAAGUGACCUUCUGAAAUAUUACUACAAAGAGUGAACUGUUUCACGCUGAUGACACCUAUGUGAGAUACCUGCGAUCAAACUGAUGCUUGAUUUGAUGUAUUAGACCAGGUAUUUUUAAAUUCAUGAGCUUAAUGAUUUGAUUUUCACUCUUCAGUAAAUUAGAGAUUGGUAUUAUCAACUGCUAGUAAUUGUCUCAUUUGCAUAUGUACAGCUCUCCUUGUGCCUCAUUUUAGCUGCUAGUUAUAUGUCUAAAUGUAACUGCUAGUCAAAUGUCUAGUCUAUAUUCGUUUUUAAGAAUAAGAACGCCUUAAUCAGAAUACAUGUGCCAGUCCUGCUUCUGUACCAGACCCCCAAUCCCCCCCCCCCCCCCUAC